AUGUCUGCCCAAGACGGCUCGUUCGAAGCCCUCGCCGCCUCUCCUGGCGACUUCGCCGUCGACUCCGAAUGGAUGGGGGACUCGCCUCCAGCUCUCACUGUCGACUUCAUGCAGAACCCGCAUAGUCUGCUCCAUCACGUCAACGACCUGGCUGGCCCUCUGGCCAAGAAGCGAAACCGCCCGAUAGCCAAUGGUGCUGGUGGCACCCCAGGCGGCAAAGACCCCCUCAUGCUCGGCCACAGGCCGGCAGCCGCAGCAGGCCUUUCCCAGCCGCCGACGGCCUCCUCGCCCGACUCCCUCCUCUCCUCCUUCCAGGACUCGUCCUCUGACAUCUCGUCUAAGCAGACUUCCAUGUCUGCUCACUCUAGCCUUGUCAGCGGCACACCUGCAAAGAAGACCCGGGGACGGCCAAGAGGCGCGGGGCGGGCGUACGGCACCGAUGCGUCCGGGCGCUCAGCGGGCGGCCAGUCCAGGCGCGCUAUGCAACCAGAUGUGCAUCUCCCGACCGCAGCGGACGACGUGGUGAUGGCAGAAGGCACCUUUGACGCCGCCGCUCUGGAGGUCGUGGACGCUGCGCCGCCAGACUGGAACAUCCGCGACUACCUCCGUCUGGACGAGGACCAGGACGACAACGACGAUGACGGCGACCUCGAGACCAGCUAUCUGCACCAGCACAAGGCCAUGGCAAACGGCCACCACACCGGCACCAUUGACCCAAAGUCCAUCCAGAGAACGCCGAGUCUGUCGACUGCAGACGAGCUGUUUGGCGACGACACCAUCCGACACGCUUCCACAACUGGGGCCGAUCUGAGUCCGUUCAGCGGCAACAGGGCGUCGCCUUUCGACUUUAUGAGCCCUUCUAGCAGCCCGAAUGCAGACGACCCCCAAGUCCUGUCAUUCUCUACGCCGCAGAUGUAUGCCGGAGUCGGUGCCAGCAAUGGGGACCAGAGUGUCCAGAGAGGGCAUAAUAAAGCCCUAUCGCAAUACUCGCUGAACCAGUCGAUGAACAACCUCAAGACGACCGGUUCCAGGGAGGUUUCGCCCAUCUCCAACUUUGUUUUCAGUCAAGGCCCGUCGCCAACGACAUACCUGAACAACGCACACUCGCCCGCAGAGAACACAGAUAUGCGGUUCGGCCAGUUUGCCGGUACCGGCAUGCAGUCAAUACCAAUCGCAUCCGGCUUCAUGUUUCCUGAAAGCGUUCCAACAAGCCCUGCCUCACCUUGGCAGGGAAUUGCCAUACAGCAGCAGCAACAGCAACAACAACAACAACAACGCAACGCUGCCAACGGCAGCGUAUCUCAAACCUCCAUGUUUCACCGAGGGCAGCCGGCAGCAGCAGCAGCAGCUGGUCUCGCGAAUCAUCAGAGGCGGCCGUUGCGGUUCUUUGUCGGCGUGACUCCGCACAAGUCGCGUGUGGAAACGCAAAUACCAAUCAUGAUCUUCCUUUCGGCUCUUCCGCCAGGCGUCACAAAGCUUCACCUCCCUCCGCACACCAUCUCGAAGCCCAAGCUUCUGGCAAAGGAUCCCAUCGACCGGUCGCCCGACAUGCUGGAGCUGCACACAAUGGUGGUCUGCACCAGUGCUAUGCACAACGAGAACAACCGCCGGCGAGCAUUGGAGCGUGCUGCCGCAGCCACGUACACGUCGCGGUCCUCGCCCAUGAACGAGGGCGACAGCAACGACGACGACGACUGCCGACCAGCCAACGGCGGAGACAUCUGGAUAUGCAAGGGCUGCAUCCAGCGAGAGCGGAAGCGGGCAAACAGGAAGAAGCUGAAGAAGCCGGAGGACGACGAAGAGUGGAGCCGAGAUGAGCACCGGCGGAUCGUCAUCUUCAACACGAACGAGACCAAGGACUGGCAGCGCCCGACAGCGGCCGCGCUGUCUUCCUUGGACGAGAACGCAGCAGGCAGUCCGAUCGAGGCGGUCAUCAGCGUCCCCAUGAGAAUCACCUGCUACUGUCGCCACCACGGCGAGAAGACCGGGUUCCAGGUCAUCUUCACCCUGAAGGAUUUCCAGGGCAACGUGAUCGCUCAGACCAUGUCGCGGUCGAUCAUGAUCACAGACGACCACAAGACUCCCACGGGCCCCAAUACCGGAGCUGUUUCGGCAACGGCACCGUCCUCAGUAGCAGACGGCGACAUUUCUGCCGGCACGGGAGACGGCCAGGAGACAGCAGGGAAAACAGCGCCUGCCGCUUCCGCGUCGUCGACCAAGCCUUCGUCCAGGAUAAAAGCGCAGCCGUCAACCGCGGCGCAAUCGGCGCCGGACCUGCCUUCAAUGAAGCGCAAUUCCGUCACUUUUUCCGGGGCACAGUCGCCCGAGAAGGACAUGGCACCAGAAGCUGCAUCGGAAAUUGCAAUGGGCGCUAGAGCUCUUUCACGGGCAGCGUCUCCCAACGGUCUAAAGGGCCACUCCUCCAAGAAGAGGAAGGCAAAUGGUGGACCGACCAAGAUACCGACUGGCCUGGCAAUGACGCGAAUCGAGACAUCCGUUUCGCCGCAGCAGUCGAACCUGCAGAGCUUCCAGAACGCCUCCAACUUCCGGGCCAGCGCUUCGUCUGCUUCGUCUGCCGUACCCUUCUCCACGGGUGCCUCGUCGUUUCUGUCUCCGACGUCCAACUUCGCGCCCGACUCCAUGGCGGCCGCUGUUGAUAUGGCACUGAUGACGGGCAACUCGGGCGAUCCGGACAUUGACAGCCUUGUCGGGAUGGUCCCGAUGGCCACCGAUUCGCUCGUCGGUGGCCCACUUACGCCCAACAGCCAUACGGACCAGCAGGGCGCGAUGGCGAACGGUGCACGGUCAGCGAGCUUUGACAGUCUUGCCAUGGCACAGAACGUCUUGUUCUCGGCGCCAGCAUCGACGCAGCCGAGCCGGCCGCCCAGCCCGAACGGGCUCUCGGGUGGCCCGAUGCACAUGUUCCGCCAACACAUAUAUCAGCAGCGACUACAACAGCAGCUGGACCAGGCGCAGUUUACACAGCAGUUCCAGAACGGGCUCUUCAACCUCCCCAUGGCCAUGUCCCAACCGGCUGCGAGCCCGGCCUCGCACAACUCGGUGAUCCACAAGAUCAUUCCUGCUGAGGGGCCCAAAUCCGGCGGCAUCGAGGUGACGAUUCUGGGAAGUGCAUUCUACCAGGGACUGGAUGUCAUGUUUGGCAACCAGCGGGCGACGACGACGACAUUCUGGGGAGAGAGCUCGCUGGUGUGUCUCGUGCCGCCUUCUUCGAUUGCCGGCCACGUGCAGGUGACUCUGCGCCAGCCGAACCAGCAGCGACCGUCACAGCCGUUCUCGGCCAAUCAGCAGCGCGUCACCUUCAAGUACCUGGACGAUGACGAGCAGCAACUGUUGCGCGCAGCCCUGACGGUCCUAUCUAGGAAGAUGACGGGCAAGAUUGAGGAUGCGCAGGACGUUGCACGACGCAUCAUUGGCAGCGAGACGACCACCUGGGGAACCUCAUCCGGCGGCGGAUCUUCAGCUGGCGGUGGUGGCGGUGGAAAUCCAACUGGCUAUGCUGCCGGUCUGAUGGCCAGCGGCAGCAGCCCCAACCUGGAGGCACAGCUGCUGAAAGUGCUAGAGCUCAUCGACCUGGACGACUCCUCGAACCAGACACGGCUCAACAUGCAGCGGCGGACGACAGGACACAGCAUGCUGCACCUGGCCUGUGUUCUGGGACUGCACCGGUUUGUGGCCGGCCUGCUGGCCCGCGGUGCCAAUCCGGAUGUGCGCGACAAUGGCGGCUAUACGCCUCUACACCUGGCAGCCCUGAACGACCAGGCAGGGAUUGUGCGGCGGCUGAUUCACGCCGGGGCCGACCCGACGAUACGGACGCUGUCCGGCCUGACGGCAGCCGAAGUGGCUGCGUCGCGGGAGGUUGUCCGGGCCAUCAAGCUGUUUGAGCGCCAUACGCGGUCGCGGAGUGGCGGAUCUCUGCAUAGCCGGACUAGCAGCGCGGCAUCGCUCCGGUCGCUCUGGGAGCCCAUGACGAUGUCGGUCCUUGACCGGGCGUGGAAUGCGACGGAGAAGUCGACGGGCGACGCGGCCGACAACAGCAGCCAAGCCGAGGUGGACUCCUCGUCCUAUGCAGCUUCGGGCGACGACGAGGAGAGCAGCGAGCAGGAGGAGGGUGACGAGGAGUGGCUCGACAUGAAGAGAGACUCACCGCGCCGUGGCCCGAGCAUUCACAGCCGCCGGGGCACGCGGGACGUCAGUCCCACUGCGCUCACACCAUCUUCGGUGGCGACGGCAGCCGGUGCCUCUGAUGUUCCUGCGGCAUUGGCAUCUCCGGCUGCAGCGGCCGUGAUUGCGUUCAAGGAACAGCUCACCGCUCAGUUCCAGCAGCUCGUGGCGCAGAUUCCGCAGAUCCCCAACAACCCACUGCCGGACUACUACCAGGCCUAUUUGAAUUCUACGGCCUUCCAGCGGAUCUCCUCGCUGGUGCCCAAUAUGAGCGGCAGCACGGGGUCCCGGCCAAACUCAUCUGAUGCCCGCGGUCACGGAAAUGGUCACAGGAACAGACACGGAAAUGGCCACGGCAACGGCCAUGGCAACAUCACGCCGGGACAUAAAGAACUGGAGGGUCGCUGGUGGGAUCUGUCAGCGUUGAGGGCAGGCCUCGCACCACCGCCAUCGUACGAAGAGAUCUUCCCUCGCAAGGGUGAGACGGACACGAAGCAGGCAACGGCGGCAGCAGCAGCAGCAGAGGCGGAAGCCGACAGCAAGUGCGAAGUCCUGUACGACCAGCAGCAGACGGAGGCGGAGGAAGCGGCCGGGGAGGAGGCCGUGACCGAGUUCGAGCCAGCCGAGUUCGGCGCAACGCUGCCGGCGCUGCUGCAGAUUGGUCGCAAGCACCAGAUCACAAAGGAGCAGCAAGAAAACUUCCGGCGAGUGCACAAGGAAAAGCGAAAGGGACUGCGGUCCGACACAUUGCUCUACACCGUCUGGAUCCCUAUGCUCAUCGGAGUCCUUCUGCUCUGGUUCUCUGGCGCGCGGGCGUGGGACUUCUUCCCAUCCGUGACGUUCAACGUGCCCUAUGCAACAAGCCUGGGUCCGGUUCUUCAGCCUACAGGCGGGAACGCUGCCCGUGCCAACACAUUUAAUGGUGGACGCCAGGACAAGGCAGUCCUAGACUCACCGCCCACAGCACAAGUGGCAGACCAGGUCGGUGGCGAGAAUGUUCUGGAGGCUGUGAGGGCGAUUGUGGCUUAG